CAACAUUUUGUGUAUUGAAACGGGGAGAAUCACAUGUCGAGGUGGCCAAUUCGGCUCGCCUCUAGAUUACCUUUUGAACCCAGCCCUUCAAUACUCCAACGACCUUCUAAAAGCUAAUGACCAUGGCCCCAGCACGCAUUCUUCUUUCGCACGGCGUUCUCGCCGACGGCUCGUCGUGGUCCAAGGUCAUUCCCCACCUCCAGGCAGCGGGCCACGAGGUAAUCACCUGUCAAGAGCCGCUCACCAGCCUCCCAGACGACAUCAACGUCGUCAAGACUGCUCUGAAGACGCUCAACGACCGGAGCGAUGUGCCAAUCGUUGUCGCCGGGCACUCCUUCGGCGGCUUCGUCAUAACGAAUGCGGUGACCGACGCGCCCAACGUCAAGGCCCUGGUCUACGUGAUGGCUUACGCCCCGGACAAGGGCGAGAGCGUCAACUCGCUCAGCGCCGACUACACGCCUUUGGAGUCGCACAAGUACUUUGUCCCCGACGCUGGAGGUCGCCUCCUCCUGGGGCAGCCAGAGUACGUCAAAUACUUUGCGCCUGACGUCAACCCCGUGGAUGCCCGUGUUCUGGCUGCGAGCCAGGGUCCCUUCGACGGUGCCCGGUGGGACUUUGCAUCCGGAGAGCCGGCCUGGAAGCAGGUCAACAACAAGUACUACGUCAUUGCCGAAAAGGAUCAGAUUAUCCAGCCCGAGCUGCAGGCAUUCUUUGCUAAGCGUAUGAACGCCAAGACUCAUACACUGAAGGGGGCCAGCCAUGCUGGACUCAUUAGCCGUGGGGAGGCCGUUGCUGAUAUCAUCCUCGAGGCUGCGAAUAGCUCCUAAGCGAUUUUAGCAGCGCGGGUAAUCCAGACGAAGGGCUGGCCCCCGGGUGCUGAAUAUCUUGUGCAGUUGCUUCCAAACCCCCAUGGCGGGCCUACUUCCGUUCUCACUGUCCAGUACACGAGGAUCUUCCUUGGCUUAAAAC